GAAGUCACUGGCCGCCAACGGGGUGAUAGGCUACUUCUCAAAGGUUUCUCACAAGGCUGCGGGCGCAUCGACGUACACGGCAAGGACGCUUGUCGAUCGCUCUCCUGCCAGCAUGACCUGCGCCGCGAGAUAGUCAGGUCGAGCACUCCACGACUCUGAGGCUCGAGCCAAGUGCGCUCGUUCUAUCCUUUGCAAGCAUGGUGGCAUCUCUCGCAGCCAGCGACCUGGCCUCGACGCCAGUUUCGCCGAAUAAGAUGACGUUCGGCGGCAGCAGCAGCAGCAACGGCACACCGGUCGCCACCCAGUCUGGUCCCAAGCAGAAGCGAUUACAGAGCAGUAGCAGCACCCACUCGAGUGCAAGCACGAGCAGCAGUGCCGGCGCUUCUACCUCGGGAUGGAAGAAGAUCCUCACCCGCCUGGGCUCCUCUUCCGGCACCUCUCGCGAUACCACGCCCUCGCCUAUCCAGACGAACAAAGCUCGAGCAGCCACUCGCUCGACAACCAGCACCAGUCCACUCGCAUCGCCUAGCUUGCCUACCCAGAGCUCCUUGGGCAGCAUAGACGGCCUGCAGAGCGCGAGCACGAGCAGCUCCGCCUCUGCAUCUGGCUCAUUACACUCUGCCUCUCCUGUCGUUUCGUCUCAUGGCAAGCGUGUCGCGAGUGGCUCCUCGACGCUCACCUCGGUCUCGUCCCAGUCUGUCUCGCCUUCUGUCGUAGCAUCUUACAAGUACGCCGAGGCGAGGAACGCAGACCUGCAGGCGAGCCCGAUUGGUCUGGGCGUGGACAUGCCAGAUAGCGUCGACAGGCGAGCCACACUGACCACACUGAAAACCAAGGAAAAGAAACGUCUCUUCUCGUCUGGCAAAUCGAAGGCUACGCCUACAAGAGAGCCUCAGCCCGAAGCGCUCAUGCAGGGCCAGAACGAGAGCUCGAGCACGCUGUCGCUGCCACAGCGGUUCUUGAGGCGGGUCAGCUCGGCACCAAAUACCAAGGCGCUCUUUGGUUCCGGCUUCUUUGCUUCCUCGCCCACUUCGGACGAGAUGCCAGGCUCACCGCGCGAGCCCAUGACCACCAUCCCAACUGCAGGCUCAGCCUUUGCGCCUGCAACGGCAAAGACAGAUCCCACGCACGAUCUGGGCUGGACACCUGCUCACGAGGCGGCUAUUGAGACACUCGGAUCUCCAAAGACGCCGCCACUGCCUGGCAAACGUAGCUCGCCCCUCACCCCAGGCAUGCGAUCUGUCACCUCACCCAUCAUGUCCUCGCCCAGCUUGCGAUCUCUACCAGAAGGAUCACCCUCAAGCCUCACUCUGCCAUUUGCCUCCUCGCCAUCGCUUUCGCCAUCCAUGUCACCUCGAGCGGGGUUCAGGCGGACGUAUAGCUCAAACUCGAUCAAGAUUCGAAGCGUCGAAGUUCAGCCAAGCAGCUUUCAAAAGAUCAAGCUACUCGGCAAAGGCGACGUCGGCAAGGUCUAUCUGGUCAAGGAGAAAAAGACAGACAAGCUAUUCGCCAUGAAGGUCUUGUCCAAAAGGGAGAUGAUCAAACGCAACAAGAUCAAACGCGCGCUUGCUGAGCAGGAGAUAUUGGCGACGUCCAAUCAUCCAUUUAUCGUGACGCUAUACCACUCCUUCCAGUCGGACGAAUAUCUUUACUUUUGCAUGGAGUACUGCAUGGGCGGCGAGUUCUUCCGAGCACUCCAGACUCGACCUGGCAAAUGUCUGGCCGAAGAAGAUGCCAAGUUCUAUGCAGCCGAAGUGAUUGCAGCUCUCGAAUAUCUGCACCUCAUGGGAUUCAUCUAUCGAGAUCUCAAGCCAGAGAAUAUUCUGCUUCAUCAGUCUGGUCAUAUCAUGCUAUCCGACUUUGAUCUCAGCAAGCAGUCUGCAAGCAAACAUGCGCCCACCAUCAAGCAGAUGACGCCCAAUGGCGCGCCAAUGGUCGACACAAAAUCAUGUGUCGCCGACUUUCGAACUAAUUCGUUCGUGGGCACGGAAGAAUACAUUGCGCCAGAAGUCAUCAAGGGCUGCGGUCACUCGGCUUCUGUCGACUUUUGGACCGUCGGCAUCCUCAUCUUCGAGAUGAUCUACGGUAGCACGCCUUUCAAGGGGCAAAAUCGACAUGCGACGUUCCAGCAUGUUCUUCGGAAGGAGGUCCACUUUCCAGAAAGUCCAGCGACGACAACGAUGUGCAAGAGCGUCAUCAAGCAGCUCCUGCGCAAGGACGAACACAAGCGUCUGGGGAGUAACAGCGGCGCGAGCGAAGUCAAGCAACACAAGUGGUUUGCUACACUCAACUGGGGCCUUCUCCGGCAUACACGACCGCCUAUCGUGCCCACCAUCUCCAACGGCGUCGAUGCUGUGAACUUUCGCACGAUCCGCGAUUCAAAGUCACUCGAUCUCGAAGGACAGAUCCGCGCGGUGGCAGGUAACGGAGGCCCAAUCACAGAAGAAGCGAGCGAUCCCGUUCAGCCGAAUCCGUUUAUCGACUUUACUUCGCUCACACUGCAUCAUAUGGACGACAACUAGCGCGCCCCUCACCGUCUGGGGCAUGCAAUACAUUCAUGGACCUUUGAUCAAAAGCUCUACAGAGCUCUGUUGCAUGUACUGUCUAUGCAAUUCCGUCUCGUGUCGUGUCCGCUC